ACAUUCAUUCCGAUUUCUAUUUUUCUGAAGUUAUCAAAAUGACUGGUCGCGGUAAAGGUGGCAAAGGCCUCGGUAAAGGAGGUGCUAAGCGUCAUCGUAAAGUUUUACGAGACAAUAUCCAGGGUAUCACAAAGCCGGCUAUUCGUCGUCUUGCCCGUCGUGGUGGUGUUAAACGUAUCUCUGGUCUGAUUUACGAGGAAACUCGCGGAGUACUUAAAGUUUUUCUUGAAAACGUCAUUCGUGACGCUGUUACUUACACCGAACACGCCAAGAGAAAGACGGUGACGGCCAUGGAUGUUGUUUACGCAUUGAAACGUCAAGGCCGCACCCUGUACGGCUUCGGUGGUUAAUUUUGAGUUUGUUGAAAAGUUUUACACUUGUCCUUAUCGGCCCUUUUCAGGGCCAC